AUGUUGUUCAGUUUUCUGAAGGCCAAUCGCGGCCCCGUUAUCGCGGCCAGUGUUGUCGGAAUUCCGUCGGCACUUUUUGCCUGGGAUAGAUUUGAAUCAAACAGGCUUUUAAACAACUAUAAGGCCUUGGCUAAAUCAUAUGGAGACUCUCCAAUGCCACACAAUCAGCUCCCAACAAAAAUGACUUUUCUUGUAGAAUCUUGUGAUAAAGAGAGCCUUUCAAAACAAUUUGAGCUUUUUGAGGAAUUCAUUGAGCCCAUUCUUACCGCAGCUGGAUUGGAAUUUGAAUGGAUCGAAGCUUCUGCGAAAAAGCACCUUCAGCAACUAGAGGAAGACGAUCAGAAAUCUCAGUCCAGUAGCUUUGCUGACAUCAAUUCGUGGCGCGUCCAUAAAUGGCUUAAUAAGGAAAUUAAUGAAUUAGAAAAUACGAAGCUUAGAAAUGAUGCCUAUGAAAAUCUUUCCACUCUCAAUAAGAUUGCGAUUUAUUUGGGGUUGACGAGUCCUCCAACUACGCAGCAGCUUUUUGGCAAAGGGCAACAAAUUUUGAAGAAUUCUGGGCCUGCUCACACGGACGCGGAAAGCGAGCCUGCCGCAGGUGGAGAUUUUGAGCAACAUAUACUGACGGCCAAAGAAAAGAUCCUAAAUUCUCUUCUGCCAAAAUCACCUGGCCUUCAAGCCUUUCAGCAGGGACUGAUAAUAUUUGGGGAAGCAAAUGAGUUCCGAGCUGUUUUUAGGACCGUUCGUGGCGUGUAUGCAGAGAAGCCUGAAGGCUGGAUGCUUGCCUUUGGACAAUAUCCUUUUCGUUUCGGGUUUAUUUCAAGUCCACGUAAACGCUCUUUGGUCCAACGCAUGUUUUUUAAGCACCGACUUGCGCGUUCAUUGCUUUCAAGUGCAUUUGAUGUUGCCUCCGAUGAUUUCCUUCUGUUAAACCCCGUCAUUGAACAAAGUCUUGUUGUGCCAAAGGGAAACGUCCCUUCAAGCACGGAUGUUUCUGAGUGCUCUACAAAUUGCGUUCUUUCGCCAACGGGCACAAUAUUACUUUUAAAGACGGCCACGGCCACGGCCACGGAAGCAACUUAG